AUGAGCCGGGACAUAAGACGAUACGUGUUCGGUUGCCACCUCUGUUUAUGUAGUAAGCCAGUACGUGGCCGACAACCGAACAACCAGCGUCCACGACCCGCCCGCAAGGCAUGGGAUACGGUAGCCGUCGAUUUAAUGAGCCCGUAUCCUCGCACAACUCAAGGCCACAACUGCAUAUUGGUAGUUACCGACCGUUUUACUCGCUGGGUGGAAGCCUUCCCCCUCCGAGCAGCGGACGCACCGAAGAUCAUCAAGAGAAUUGAAGACGAAGUUUUUAGUCGUUACGGAUAUCCCCGUAGGCUGUUAAGCGAUAACGGCCCGCAAUUCACAGGCCAUGCCUGGGCGGAAGCGAGCCAGCGGUGGGGUUGCCAGCUGUGGACCACGCCAGUCUACCACCCGCGCGCCAAUCCUACCGAACGCCAUAAUCAAAAGAUACGUUUCGGACUAAGGCGCCGAGAAAACGCCGCCACCGGUGCCACCCCAAGCUAUCUUCUCAUCGGGCGGACGAUUCGCCGGCCGGGUGAAUGGAAAUUACUCGAAAAUGACGAGGAAGACCAGCCAGCUGAAGAACAGCAGAGACGAGAGAACGAGGCCUGCACACGACAAGCCGCGUAUCAGGCUCGAUACGCGACCGCUUAUGAAAGACCUAGGUACUACCCCGGUGAUUGGGUGUACGUACCCAAUCAUCAGCUCUCAAACAAAGUCGCAGGAUACAAUGCCAAGUUGGCCCCCGCCCGAUUUGGCCCCUUUCAGGUCCUAGACCACGUCGCUGGCGAGGUCUACCUGAUUUGGAAAGACGGAAACGCUCAAAAGAUACACGGCGGUGUAUUGGUACCGCUGUCAUCACGCGCGGUAAUGGGGGAGAUGACGGAAGUACCGGCCGCCAUCAACAUACCUGAUCAGAGGCUCGAACCGAAAGAUAAGUGGCUCGCACCACGCGAGCAGGAAGCCGGCGGAAAGUCGCUUUCACAAAACCUAGCCGAAAGCGUCGGCGGUAAUAAUACGGACCCAGCCGGAAGCAUCGGCGGCGAUAAUGAAGACUUUGUCGAUACCAUCGAGGAAGAACGGAAUGAGUACCCUAUCGUAGCCGUCGACAGGGAGGAGAUGCCACGUAGGGACGCUGCCGUUGAGGAAACGCACACCACCCGUGCACAAACAGCCGGAGACCGACUUCUACCAGAAGAUAGAUGCGUUCGGGCCACUACACUGGCUCACGCCCAGGAUCUUUUGUCAGGAGACGAGUCAGAUAGCGCUAGGAAGCCCUAUCACUUACGAGCACGCGUUCCGGUAGCCUACCGCGACGCUCGAAAUUACGCUCCUCGAAGGAGGCAGACGUAG